ACAUUAGGGCCGAUUUUUCAAUUGUCAGAUAAACAAACAGAUAGGGUAUAUUCGAGAGAUAGCGAAGUUGAUGAAUUUUUCAAUGGUCGAGUAAGACCUAUUGGACGAAUAAAUCCUUAUCUGAGGAAUUAAUUUAUUUGCCGCCUUGACCGCCAGAAGAGACUUUAAUAAAUGAAUAUAUAAAUCCACCCGAAAGAAAAGAAAGAAUAAUCCGCCCAAGGCCUGAAAGUUAUUUCUUGCGCUAUUAACAAUUUAUUAUGGAUAUUUUCGAUAAUAUUGAUGACUUGGCUAUCGAAGAAGAGACUAUAAUAAAUGAAUAUAUAAAUCCACCCGAAAGAAAAGAAAGAAUAAUCCGCCCAAGGCCUGAUCACUUUAGGAUUUGGGAUUCAAAAGAAUUUCAUCGCAGAUUCAGACUUCGGAAAGAGUCGGUGCAAUAUUUACUUUCCCUAAUUGAAAAUAAAAUCAAGCACCAAACAGAAAGAAAUCAGUGUAUUUCACCCAUGUUGCAGUUAUUAAUUGCACUGCGAUUUUAUGCCACUGGAAGUUUUUACAUAACUGUUGGUGAUUUUGGUGGUAUUCAUAGUUCCACUAUGUGCCGUAUUAUUAAAAAAGUUACUGAAGCUAUAGCAUCUUUAAGAACAAUAUUCAUAAACUUGCCAAGAAGUGACGAAGACAUCAGAAGCACUCAACUAGAAUUUUAUAAAAUAGCCAGAUUCCCUAGAGUAGUAUCGGCUAUAGAUGGCACCCAUAUUAGGAUUCAGUCGCCUGGUGGUAACACUGCAGAAGAAUUCAGGAAUAGAAAAGGAUUCUUUUCGUUUAAUGUUCAAGCAAUGUGUUCAGCAGACUUGAUGUUUCAAGAUAUAGUUGCACGUUGGCCUGGCUCUACCCAUGAUUGCAUGAUAUUUGCCAAUUCACAUGUGAAAUACCACUUUGAGAAUGGUGAAUUUGGCAAUGGAAUUAUACUUGGAGAUAGUGGUUAUGAACUAACUAAUUACCUACUCACUCCUUUUCAAAAUCCAGACACACCAACUAAGACUUUAUAUAAUGAAUCACAAAUUCGAACACGGAAUGUUAUUGAAAGGUGCUUUGGAGUUUGGAAAAGACGGUUUCCAGUCCUAAGUAUAGGAUUAAGGUGUAGGCUGCCGCUUGCACAAGAUGUGAUUGUAGCCUGUGCUGUACUACACAACUUGGCAAGAUCAAAAAAUGAGGAGGAACCUCCAGUGGACCCAGAAUUGCAUAUUCCACCACAGCCUAUAUUUCCACCCGCUAUAGCCGAUUUUACUGGUGAUGAAAGGUGCCAUACUAGGAACUUAAUCUUAAUAAAUUAUUUUCAUGCCUUACCUACUGAAUAAUCUAGGGCAGCCAAGCUCAAUUUUUCAACAGUUUUACUACAUAUAAUCUUUAUAUUCAUUCAAUAGAAAUUUAUGUUUAUCAUAUGUGCAAUUUCUUUUUCAAUUAAUGUUACAUAAUAAAAACAUUGGUAUUUUAUUAAAGUCAAGUUUUUAUUUUUCAAAAUAAUGAACAAAAAUCUAAGUCAUGGUAUUUGGAACUGCUCCACAAUUACACCCAUUUUGUUUUAAUUGUAAUGAGUGUAAUUCUUCUUUUCUUCUCUCAUCAUUAGCUAAAUGCAACAUUUUCAGUUUAUGCUCCUCCUCCAUAAACUGGUGCUCAAGUUUGGCAGUCUUCAUUUGGAGCUGUACUAGCUCCAGUCGAGCUUCGCUUAAUUUGUCUAGUUUGGCGGUGACACUAGCUUUGGAGACAUUUGGUUUUAAUACAUUGGACACCCUUGAUUUUAAAGCCUUUGGGUGCCAUUUGUCCCAAUUAUUUUCUGAAAGUAAUACAACAACAAUUACAUACAAUACAUUACAUGAAAGUAUACCUACAUUUAGUAUGGGCUUAUGGGCUAAUUAAACAUAACAUGUUUCAUUUGUUUGGUUUAUUAUUAGAUAUCAAAACACAAUCUGUAGUACCCUACUAUAAUCUUACAACCUGCCUGCAAGCAUAAAUUAUAAAUUAUGGCCUCAUAGAAUGCUCCUUAAAAUAAAAUAACUGAAUUUAAGAACAUCUGACUUUUAUAGACAUAUACCUUUUUGAUUGUCCUCAACAAUUUCCCGAUGGCCAAAUCAACUACUGGAUGGGGUUGGAAUGAAUUUUCUGGUAUUUCUUCUAUUUCAAAAAUAAUAUUACUAUCUUCAACUUCUUCCAGAGGAGUAGAUUCUGAAAAAUAUUAUUACAUGUGAGCUUUUGCACUUUAAAUAGUAACUGGUAACCAAAAACAUGCCAAUACUUACUUGAAAUAGUGUCACUGUCGUGACGUGGCUCAAGUCCUGUUAUGUUCGAGCAGAUGCUAAGCACCUUUUCAUCGAUUUCACUGAAUUCUGGAGCUUUUGAAGGCCCUCCUCCAGUUUUGUACAUCUCUUGCCUUUGCAGAGAAGAUUUCUUUUUUGUGUUUUUUUUUAUACCCUCGUAUUUCAAUUUGAGGGUCUUCCACGAUCGGGCAUUUGUGGACACUCCACAGGAGUUAAAAUUCUCUUCUAUUUGCCUCCAGGCUGCCUCCUUAUCCUUAUUAGUAACGGCAUCAGUUUUUUUAUUUUCAACAAUAUUUUUAAAUUUUGCCACUAAAUUAAUUAGGAGCUGAAUUUCAGCAGAAUCAAAAUUGGCUGAGCGCUCUCGUUUUUUGUUUUCCAUUAUUUUACUUUAUGUUUUUCACAAAAUCAAAAACAACUCAAACUGAACUGGCUAUUUUUAACCUAAAAAUUAUAGACGGAUAAUUUGACAGGAUAGAAAAAAGUCUGUCUCUGUCUAAUGCAUUGCUUAGCGAUAUAUUUGUUUCACUUCUCAAAAGCUUAAAAUGCUAGAGUUGAAAUAUUGGAUCAAAACGUUAUUCAUGCAAUAAAUUACUAAUGAAAAAUCGACGAGCAUCUAUUCGUCUGUAUAAACAGUCCAAUAACGUUAUUCCUUAGAAUAGUUAUUAGGCAUUUUAUCUGAUGAUUGAAAAAUCGGCCCUUAGUCA